ACUUAAACCAGAUGACAGGCUGCCAAGAUUAAAUCCAAUUAAAACAUCAUUUAAAACUAAAAUACGAGCAUUUGACAUGGGAGCAAGCAAGAAUGGAAUCAUAAAUGCUAUCACCUUAUUAAACAAUAACACACUAGAGGUGUUCUGUGUUGAUACCACUGAGAAGCAAUCUGGUGAGAGCAUCUCCAAGGGCAGACUGAGUAUACAGGGCCACAGAUCAGAUGUGCGUACAAUGUGCUUCAGUUCUGACAACACUGCACUGGCAUCUGCUAGUGGGGAGGCUCUCAAAAUAUGGAACAGGACAAGUCAGCAGUGUAUUAGGACAAUGGAAUGUGGCUAUGCACUCUGUUCAAUGUUUGCUCCUGGUGACAGACACUUAAUCAUCGGCACUAAGGCUGGAAAGUUACAAAUAUUUGACAUUGCCUCGGGAGACUUAAUAGAAGAAGUAGAUGCCCAUGACAAGGCUGUUUGGUCUAUUGCUAUGGCUCAUGACAAGCAAGGUCUGGUGUCAGGCGGCGCAGAUAAACAGUUAAAGUUUUGGAACUUUGAACUUAUCUCAGAUGAAGAUACUACAAGCAAAAGGCUAAGUUUGGUCCAUGUGAGAACCCUGAAGAUGUCAGAUGAUGUUCUCUGUGUUAAGUUCAGUCCUGAUGGACGUCUUGUGGCUGCAGCCUUGUUAGAUAACACAGUUAAAGUGUUCUUCAAUGAUACACUCAAGUUCUUCCUGUCUCUAUAUGGCCACAAACUGCCUGUGUUGUGUAUGGAUAUAUCCUCAGAUAGUACAACACUAGUCACCGGAUCAGCAGACAGAAAUAUUAAACUAUGGGGGCUCGAUUUUGGAGAUUGUCACAAAUCUAUAUUUGCUCAUGAUGAUAGCAUUAUGUGUGUGCAAUUUGUACCUAAGACACAUCUGUUCUUCACAGGGGGUAAAGACCGCAAGUUGAAGCAGUGGGAUGCUGACAGCUUUGCUCACAUUCUUACACUAGAGGGUCACCAUGGUGAAAUUUGGUGUUUGUCCGUCAGUCCCAAUGGAGCUCAUGUUGCGAGUGGGUCACAUGACAAAUCUAUCCGUCUCUGGGAAAAGACACAAGAGGCAUUGGUGCUCGAGGAAGAACGGGAAAUGGAGAGGGAAAAAGAAUAUGAGGAGGGGGUUGGACAAAUGGAACAGCCAGUGGUUCCAGGAGAGGUUACCACGGAGACUGGAAUGGCUGCAAGGAAAACAAUGGAGACAGUCAAGGCCGCUGAGAGGAUUAUGGAGGCCAUUGAGCUUUAUAAGGAAGAAACUGCAAAAAUUGAAGAAGCACGAGCUGUUGCAAAGACUUCUGGGAAGGAAUAUGUUGCGCCAUCAUUGCAUAUUUUGUUUACUGCACAUAAAGCAGCUACUCCUGAACAAUAUGUGAUGACCGUUUUAAAGAAGGUUAAAUCGAGUGAGUUGGAAGAAUCCUUACUGGUGUUGCCAUUUAACUAUGUCAUGGACUUGUUGAAACUACUCAAUAUAUUCAUAGAGAAGGGCUGGAAUACUGAAUUGUCAUCAAGAUGUCUUGUCUUCCUGCUCAAAGUCCACCAAGGCCAGAUCACAUCCAACCAAGUGUUGCUGCCCAUACUGGACAGAUUAUGUAAGAAUACUACAACACAAGUAGAGAAACUAAGGGAUGAUGUGGGGUUCAACAUGGCAGGUCUACAGUUCUUACAACAGCUCUAUAAAGAGAAGGAGGAGGUUGGAUUUUUCUCAGAUGCAACUGAUAAAUUCAAACAGAAGAAGAAAAAAGCCAAAAAGCUAACAAUGUUGGCUAUAAAGACUUGAUGGUAGUCAGAAUUAGGGACAUGGUCAAAAUUUCAUUUCAUUUCACAUUGAAUUAUUUUUCUUUUCUUUUCUUUAAAAUAAACAGCAAAAUAUACAGUAUACAAUGUUUAUGGUUAUUUACAUCUAAACCUAUUUUCUCAAAAUGUGAUGGAAUAUAUUUUAUAGUCCUAUUAAAAAAUCAGUCACUUUCAAGAAUCAGUCUACAGUACAUGUAAAAAAGGUAAUGGAGUUUUACCCCUCCCAAAAUGUAAUUACAUGUAAAUGUAAUUAUGUUUGUGGAUGUAGUAUUCAAUGUAUAAUAUUGGUCUCCUGUCAGUCCUGUGACAAAUGUUCUGACACUCAUGAAGUAUAAAACUGUAUAUUAUGUUGUGAUCGCAAAGUAAUGAAGGCUUAAUGUUAAAUGAACCUCUAUAAGUGGAACACCCCCAAGUGGAACACUUUUUAGAGGUACCAAAUAUGUUCCUCUAAG